GUUCUCUGUUCUCCUUCUCCAUUAUAAUUUAGUCUCUAAACUCUAAUCCAGUUUUUUAAAACCCGAAGAAACCCAUUACCUCUCCAGAUUCCUUAGCUCUAAACUCUAAUCCAUUGCCUCUCCAGAUUCCAAACAAAUUGCAAAGAAGAAACCCAAAAGAACGAUUCCUUAGCUCUUCCAUCCAGAUUCAGAAUCAAACUUCUUCUGUUCUUCAUCAAAUCUUCAUCUUGUUGCCAUCGCCAAGGUCGUUCUCUCUCUCGAUCGGUCAAUCCUUAUACUUCUUUUGUUCUUCAUCAGAUUUUCAUCUUCUCGCCAAGGUUGUUCUCUCUCUCAAUUCUCUUCAACCUAACAAUCCCCUUCUCCGGUUCUCUUCAGCAAGGAAAAAAAAAAGAGAAAGUUGCAGCAGGAUGACGCCGGUGAACACAGGAUUUCUGUUUUCUGCAUUUUCCACGAUCCCCGGAAAGUGGGUCGUGGCAGGUACAACCCAAAAUGUUUCCCACAAUUUCAAUCUCGAUCAAUGGCGCAAAGGCUCCCAGUGGUUCGAGCUCCACUGCUGCCUCGCCGUUGAGAUCGUAUCGGACCAAAAGUACUACCCAAUAUUCAGGGAGUUCUGCGAACCCCCGUGUUACAUGGACGAGCACUAUAUUCCAACACUGGUGAAUAUCCUCGCCGCCGAGGAGAAUUUGAACAGGAGCAUCACUUGGGUUGACUGGUCCAAGCACGGACGUCAUCCGGUAAAAUUCGGAAGGGGAGAUACAUCGGAGGAGUUUGUGAAUCGGAUGAGACUAGGGGGAAACUGCAGUUACAAUGGCAAUAGGACAACGUCGGUGUGUUUUCCGUUUGGGAGGAAGUUCGUACCCAGUACUUUGCAGCCUUUGUUGCGGAUGGUGCCAUUGUUGUUUGGUUCUGGUCAACAGUCGUUACCGUAACUGUACAGAGGGCAGAGUUUUGAACGGUCAAAUUAAAGAAAAAAGAGAGAACGGCGCAGGACACUUUUUUUCUUUUUUUUUUUUGAAGGUAAUUCUUAGUACGUUAAUGCAUUUCCUAGUUGGGGGCGGGAGAGAGAGGAGGGGAUGGGAAGAAAUGGCAAUGUACUAAUUAUGGCAAAUUACAUCUACCCCAUGUCUAUUAACUAUUGAGAUUGUUGCCCACUUUCAAAUAAUAAAAUUGUGCAUUCAGA